AUGACUCUGAUUAACAGAAAAAAGGAGUAUUAUAAGUGUUUUGAUCAAAGGAACAGCAACAGAUUAGCGGUUAUUAUCACUUUUGCAUACCUACAAGGAUUUCAGGACAAGGACGAAAGAGGCCUCGAGGGAAAGGUGAUUGAAGAAAACAACAACAAAAACAUGGAGUACGCUGGUAAGAGAGAAAGAAGUUCCGGCCAGCAUGGCCGGCACAAAAGAAUAUUGCGACACCACGGUGGCGACUUGGAUCGGCGGUCUGGAGGAGUGAGAGUGAAUCUUCCGGAAAGGCGGCCGGAAGAAAAUCAGUGGCAGUAUGAAUUAUGGGACGGACAUUCACACAUCCCAAAGGGAGCCUUCACCACGUCCAGGCGAAAAUGCGACCGAAUUACGCUGGAAGAACAAUACCGAGUCAACACUCUGUUUGAGCGGAAGGAAGAUAAAAUGCAAAUUAUACAUGUAGCCAAAUCUUCCGAAGAAGGACCCGGAGGAGAAACAGAAUGGAAAAAGAAGGCUAUUACGGAAUCCCUAAUGUGGGGAACCAAGGGAAACCAAUCAUAUCUGUCAAUAUAUACUUAUGUCUGUGAUGCCGAAGGAAGAUACUAUUCUGGAAAAAUCAAAGGUGCUGAAAAUCCUAGACUGGCCGAACUGUAA